GCGGUGGUAUAGGACGGUACGUUCGCAAUGGUUUCGCGUCGGAACUUACGAAAAGUUUGUUAGAGCAGUUACAAAGUUUGAAAACGCGUGUUCGUGUGCGUGGACGAGAAAAAACAGGUUUUCGUCGCCUAGGAGUCAUUCUUAGCAAUCGUAAUAUCGGCUUUUUCGAUCGUUGUGUCAGCUGGCAACGGCGAGAGUGUGUGAGGGCCGGUCUUGGGUAGAAUCGCGUAUCGUUUACAUGUGUGCGUGUUUAUAGCGUUUGCAUUCGCGCGAACAUACGCGCGCUUGCGCUUGCGCGCGCGCGCGCGCGAGAACAUGCUUUGCGAGACCGUUGUUCGUAAUAAUCGCGCAUUUAUGUUUGGAUUAUCGUUAUCGAAAUCCUGUCGUGAAUUGAAGUGUCUGUGCCUCGAGUACACUUGUAAAAAGAGCGGUGGGUAAUGUAUGCUCGUCGAAUGGAAGUACUUACUCGCGAUGUCAAUGAAAUUGAGACCACGAGGAGUGAUGCACGUAUAGACGCCAAAAUUUUAUUCUAUUUUCCAAGAGGAAGGAACGAUUCGUUUGACAGAGAGACCCGUUAAACCAUCGUAAACGAAGGUAAAGUGGAAUUCACAGUCGCGUUCGCAAGGUGGACUAAGCCUACGGACUUAAAAGUGUUCCCGCUAACGUGGUGCGUAGCGUUGGAGCCAUUAAAUGCCUGCUCUCUUCCCAAAGCGGAAAAAUGCUGGAACUCGGACAGAUUUCGAGAAAUGCAUUUUCCUACUGUCAAGUUAAUUCAACGGGAAGAUUGUUCACGUGCAUGCCCGGACCAACAGAAUACGUCGUAAAAGCUACUACGAUGAACGACAGCCGAGCGAAACUACGAGCGUAGCGAAGAUUUUUCAUGCACGCAACCUUUCCUCUACAGCUCUGAGGAUUCUCGAAGCCGGAUCACGUUGUUUUCAAUACUCUCGAUGCAAGCCAGUAUUCUCUUUGUAAAUCGACAACGACAAAACCUCCGUCGCGUUUUUCUUCGUGGCGUCAAGUUUCGUUCGAAUCGUUGUACGUCUCUUGGAUCCGCCGUAUUUCGCUCGACCGCAUCAGGAGAAUGACAGUCUCGGAAGAAAUGGCCACGGAGUUGGCAAGUAAGAAGGCCGAACGCGAGGCACUGCGUGGCGUGAUUCAACAAUGGAAUGCCAAUCGCUUGGAUCUGUUCGAGCUCUCGGAACCGAACGAAGACUUGGAGUUUCACGGAGUAAUGAGAUUUUACUUUCAAGACAGCGGUCAGAAAGUCGCGACCAAGUGCAUCAGAGUAGCAUCAGACGCGACCAGUCAAGCGGUGAUCGAAACUCUUAUCGAAAAAUUCCGUCCAGAUAUGCGAAUGCUUUCGGUUCCAGAGUACGCUCUCUACGAGAUUCAUGAGAACGGUGAAGAACGGAAACUUGGGCUCGACGAGAAACCGUUGCUGGUGCAAUUGAACUGGCACAUCGACGACCGCGAAGGACGUUUUCUUUUAAGAAGAAUCGACGACAAAACCAAUGCUCAAGGCGUUGGUUUUUCCUGUUCAGACGGAUCCAGCUUUCGCAGAAAGCUGAGUAAACGCGAGAAGAAGCAGAUGAAGAAGCAAGAGAAGCUCAGUCGACUGAAGAGCCUGGAACAGGAUGAAAACGCGGUGCCAGUAGAUCAGAAUGGAGUAGCGGAGAAACUUUAUACUGAGCUACCCGAAACCAGUUUUACCAGGAGCAUUUCGAAUCCGGAAGCUGUGAUGAGAAGGCGACGUCAACAAAAGCUGGAGAGAAAAUUGCAGCAGUUUCGCAGUAAAGACGGCGGCCCCGAUACCGGUGGAACGUUGAAGAUUUACGGCGAGGCGCUCUGCAAAGACGUCCCGUACAAAACGUUGCUUUUGAGCGUUCGGGAUUCGGCGGUUCAGGUCGUACGGGAAAUGCUCUCGAAAUACGGUCUGGAGAAGGUCGAUCCGCAACAAUAUUGUCUCGUGCAGGUGAACAGCGAGAACGUGAGCGGAGGAACGCAGCAGGAAUACAUAUUGGACGACGACGAAUGUCCUCUGGCCAUUCUUAUGAAUCAUCCGUCCGCACGGGGUUCAAUUAUGUUCCACGUGCGUAGAAGACCUGCGGAUUACGUGCCUCGGAAACGCAAGAAAAAACCUAGCGGCAAAUGGAACGAGUUCGACCACAGGUACGAGGACGAGAGACUACCGUUUUUACUCGAACUGAAUCCCGAUGGAAGCGACGUUCCAAAUGGAGCCGGUACGCGGCACCGGUUGCAGCCUAAUGUGACGGAGGUGGGGUCCGAAAGGCCUAUAGGUCCGCAGGCAGUACAAGCUCAAACCCUCACUUUGACGGGGCCAACAGUUAUGCCAAGGCAUUGCGUGAUCGCUUUUACCGAAAAUAUCGUUACCCUUACACCAUGCUCCAGAGACGCUCAUACAUACGUUAACAAUCAAAGGAUACAUCAGACGACGAUACUUCAGAACGGAGCGAUAGUCAAGUUCGGCCGACUGCAUACCUUUAGAUUCAUCGACCCAGCACCCGAAGAACGAAUCAGACAACGACACGAUUCUGGGAGACAAAUCGAAUACGGCUACGAUCGACACUCCCCAGACUUGACCAAUCAAGAGACGAACGCGGAAAGGUACGGGUCUGCAUCCGGAACUCCGAACGGGGGGCAGAUUCAAGUUCAAGGACAGGGUCAACCGGGUCAAGAGCAACCGUCCCAUCCGUCUAGUCCGAGCAAAUCCACCGCGUCCGCCUCCGCCGCUGUUUGCCUCGCUCGAAGCCCGAAUCACGCGCCGGAAUCCACGCACAAUUACGAAACUACCUUCGAUCUCGAUGGGAACGUUGAGACUGCCAGUCUCACCAGCAGCAGGGACGGUAACAGAACGUUGCAAAACGAUCGACAACCACGCGGGACAGAUCCGAUUUUGCCAGCUGUGCUAGAGUUUCUCGAGGAAACGGAAGAGACCUUUUUCCACGCGGUGAUCACGGACGUGGAGCCGUCGGCGCCGCAGUUCAAACUCGCGCCAACGUAUACGCUUUACUUGGCGGCGAGAUAUCGCGCGAGCACGCAUUACAGACCGGAGUUACAACCUACGGAGAGAGCGCACAGAUUGACGGUGAUGUUGGCGAAUGUCGCCGGUAUGAUACAGCGAGUGAUACAGGAACGGUACAUGGACGCAUCCUCUUUGGCUCUUUGGCUAGCAAACGGAUCGGAACUUCUGCACAUGCUGAAGAACGAUCGGCACGUUGGGGCGUUUUCGACGAGGGCUCAGGACAUUUUGACGGAGGCGGUUCACGCGACAUUCGCGUCAUUGGUGCGCUGCAUAUCGCUCGAACUUGCACCGGCGAUGUCGCAGUUUAUGGCCGACGCUGACGAGCCCGCGAAGGAAGCCGGAGUUCUGCAAAUAUUUUCGAGUACGAUGGCCCUGCUGAGGCGGUGCAGAGUGAACGCUGCUCUCACGAUUCAGUUGUUCAGUCAUCUGUUCCACACGAUAAACGCAACCGCGUUUAACGCGUUGGUUUCGAAUACGAACUUGUGCGUGAGAUGGUUCGGUCGUCGACUGAAAGCGAGAUUGAACGCUCUCGAGACUUGGGCCGAGAGGCAGGGCCUCGAGCUCGCGAGUCAGUGUCACUUGGCGACGAUCAUGCAAGCGACGCAUCUCCUUCAAGCGCCGAAAUAUAACGCGGAGGAGCUCGCUACAUUGAGCUCCACCUGUUUUAAGCUAAACUCCCUUCAAGUCAGGGCGUUGUUGCAAAAAUAUCAGCCAGCCGCGGACGAACCGAGACUUCCGGCAGAGCUAAUAGAAAACGUAGUCAGAGUGGCGGAAAGCGUGGCCGAUACGCUCGCGCGUGCCGAUGGAAGAGAGAUUCGACUGGAGGAGGAACCGACGCUUGCAUUGGCUCUCCUUCUUCCGGAGGACGGAUACAGCUGUGAAGUAAUACGCGGAGUACCACCUGGAUUGGCUGAAUUUUUAGCUCCUUUGCAACGGGAUGGUCUGUGUCGAAUGGCGCCGCAGCCUACGAGUAGCGGAUACUGGACUAUAUACAUGAUAGACCAUCAUAAUAACUUCCGUAGCCCCAGCGCGAUGAGCAACAGGUCCGGAGGGUAUUCUUGUCACACAGGGUCCAAUCCAGUACAACCAGAGAUUCACGUAAUAAAGUUACAUAAAUCGACCAAUGGAAUGGGUUUGAGCAUCGUCGCGGCAAAGGGCGCUGGUCAAGACAGGCUCGGGAUAUACAUAAAGAGCGUUGUUGCAGGCGGUGCAGCCGAUGCUGAUGGGAGAUUGACGGCUGGCGAUCAGUUGCUCAAGGUGGACGGACAAAGCUUAGUCGGAAUUACUCAGGAAAAGGCUGCCGAAUAUCUGGUACGUACUGGGCCUGUGGUAACUCUCGAGGUUGCCAAACAGGGGGCCAUAUACCAUGGCUUGGCCACUCUGCUAUCCCAGCCUUCACCUGUUAUGACCAGAGCGCACAAGAUUCGACCCAAGUCCGAGCACUUGGAAGCAUCGAAGGUGCAGGAAACGAACGAGCAGCCGCCUACGUCUCAUUCGAUGGGUAAUUUGUUGAGCGUACCAAGGCACGUAAUCGAUUCGGGCCGUGCUAUCGAUCCAGUACCACCAGGUGCGACUAUCACCCCGAUUUUCGAGGGUCAAUCUUACACGUUUGAUCCGUUUAAUUCCACCUGUCGCUCGAAUCGAGUAGGCGACUCGUGGCCCGUUCCAUCAGAAGAUUCGCGACCGUGUUUGUCAGACGAGAAUUCGUGGGGUUUCGUGGAUCGCGCACCGACUUCGGUAAAACUAGUUUGUCCGUUACGAGAAGAAGAAACUUCGGUUCACACGGCUCUAUGCUCGUCCCACGGGACUCCGUCUUCGUGUACUCGAGGUCAUUCCAAUCUUUCGCUCGAUAACCCGUGUCGUUGGACCGAUCGUCUUCCAUCGGGUGCGAACAAUCAACGAAUCUGUCCACUCGUUCAGGUCGCGAGUAACCCUCAGCCGUCGAUCGCGACGGAUUCGAUGAUCGCGAACGAACCCUCGGCUGCGGAAAUCAAAAUCGACAUUUUCUCCCUCGACUCUAUACCUUACAUCGAUCAGACGGAUGAUUGGUUGGACGAAUCGAACGAUAGUACGAACGACCAUGGCACGAUCGACGUUUCACGGUCCUAUUCCAUCGAGUCGUUGCGCCGAUUCGACGCAAAAGCGAGUUACAAGGAAAAACCAACGACGACGAUGGAGCAACAACUCGAGCAAUCAACUAUGCUACUGGAAACAAAGGAAACGGACACUGAUUCAACGUUGGAGAAAAUGGAGAUGGAAAUGGAAAUAGAAAUGGAAAUACCAACGUCAACGAGCAGUUCGUUAGAAGAAAGGGAACCGACGGAACGCGAGGCGAAAGAAAGGAACCAAGCGAUUUCGAAAAUGUAUACCACGAUCCCUGAGUUAAAUCUCGACUUGUCCGGCCUUGACAGUGAUACGUCCAGCGAAGUGUCGAGCUUCGACAAAUGCUGGAAAUCACCGGAAGAGGUGCGUCUCGGUUGCGGUCGGGUGGCAGCCCUGACUAAACAUUUUUCCAAGCUUGGAAACGCUGAGACGAUCGCGUCAAGGUCGAACGUGAUCGAUCGAGGACUCCGAGGUGGUUCUAGAAGAUUCGCGUCGGAACCGAAUUUCGUCUCGCCUAAAGUAUACCAUCGGUUCUCCGGAAAAGAAUAUCUAUCCGAGUUGGAUUUGCGAAGGGAUGCGGAGGAGUACGCGCGAAACGUCAGCGCGCUCGAAGAUAAGUUGACCAAGAAAGAGGAGAAUCGCACGAGCAGCAAAGAGAAGUUGUCGUUGUCGGAGCAACGGGAAAUAAUAGAGCAGCUCGAGGAAAUGUCCAAUCUCGAUCCUUGCUCGUCGACUGAAAACGUCCAGUCGUCGUCGAACGACGUUCUCUAUGAAAGUUCGAAUCGCGUUCCAUGGUGGACGACGGACCUGUUUACGAAGAAAAAGUUGAUCGAUGCUCGCGUACUGAAACAAUUUUCGAGUUCCUAUCCAUGCUUGGAGAAAACGGGCCUACCAACGGAUGAGCCGCACAAGAUAGAGCGACGUUCGCAAAGUUCUUUCGUGGAUGGCGAAUCCUCGAAUGGGAACAUCGGAGACAGACACCAUGCGGGCGACUCGGAAUUCUAUUGGAUUAUUCAUAAGUGGAGAGAUGGUUUGAUCGGUGAAUCGGAGGAAAGUAAGAACGAUGAACCUUGGAACGUUAAUUGGUCGAAAGGUAGCAGUCUCGUCGUCGAAGGUAACUCGUCUCGAGGCUCGAGGUCGAGCAUCCUGCAAAAGGAGACGAGCAACGACGAAGAAGAAUCUCCGAUGAUUCGUAGCGAUGGCUCGACCCACGAAUCGGAUGUACAUUCGAAGGAAUUAGUUGACGGAACGAUUCAUAUGAGAUCCGAUCAAGCCUGUCUAGAAGUCGAUUCUCUUUUACGACCUCGUCGCAUGAGUGAACGAGAUUUACCGUCACGGCUUGGACGCGACGCAACCGCUCCUCAGCAACAAAUACAUACCAGCAAGUCCGUGCCAGCGUUGCACAACGUUGGCACCGAUGGUAAACAGCAACACGAAGUAUUCAAUCCUGGUUACAGCAGAGCAUCGUCCAGCAACAGUGUUACACCACCCGUUACGCAACCACCAUCGAUGACCGCGAUCAACGGCACGACAUCGCUGCGUUCUCGCUCGAGUCAUAAUUUGCAUGACUCGAUAAGGAUCGGAACGUUGCCGCCGAGCGGACUUGUGAGUAGACAGCAGUCGUCGCCGAAUUUAAAUCCCGGUCAGACAACCAUGAGUAGCAAUGGUUCGACGACUGCUAUCGGAACAGGCCCCGCGAAUCUUCAAAGUAACGAGGCCGAAAGAUUUUAUCAAAAUCUGAGCGUUUACAGAAAUCAAGACGCAGCGGCAAAACAGCGAUACAGUCCGUCUCAGCAUCCGGAAGAUAGAAAUCCACUUCAAAUGCAGAAGAGCUCGAGAGGCUCUCAGAACUCUUUAAAUCGUCCGGGUGCAUUCGAGACGAUUCAACCCAGGGAUCGACCGAUAUCUGCUUACGUGUCGCAAGCACAGCAGCAAGCUUAUCUUGGUGGUCAAUCUCAGCAACAAAGUAACGCCGCACCUCCGAGAUCCCAAUCCUCUCGGGACAUAAUACGGCAAGAAGCGAAGCUCCAGGAAAUGCAGGAGGAAGUCAGAAGACGCGAGUUACGAGGUGGAGUGCCGGUUCCGCCUAAUCAAUGUCGACCCACGUACAACAUGAAGUCAAACAUGACCCAGCAGUCGGCUAAUUCGGUUGUUCGACCGACAAAAUCGAUCGCUGCGCAACCGAAUUACGGUUCGAACGCGCCAGUAGCGGUAUCCUCGCCAACGAUAUCAACGGCUGCUCACGCUCCGAGGCAAACUGCCGCUGGAAAUUACGGUUACAUGGAUUCGCAUUACGGACCGUACGUAGUGCAGUACGGUAAAUCUCCGCCUACGCAUCAGCAUCAACAUCAACACCAACAUCAAUAUCCACAUCAGCACCAACAUCAGCAUCAACUUCAGCCGCAACCACAAAUCCAAUCGCAGCAUCAACACCAACAUCAGCAUCAAAAUCUGCAGCAACAAAGCAUUGGACACGCUCAGUACGGUACGCAACCGUCGAGAGGGAAAACCGAUUCGACUCGAUUGCAAUCGAAUGGGAUGGCGGCACUCGAUUACGGAAGAGAUCAAAAUGCUCAAGAAAUAAAUAGACCGUACGCAGAACAGUCUCGACACUUCCCUGCUGGAUCGCAGUAUUACUUGAACGGAGUUUCGGACGUGCGGAGCGAUCAGUAUACCGGCGACAAUGGUUCGAGUAGAACGCAAACCUUACCGGAAGGAAGUGGGUCCGCUCAUCCGAAUGAAAUUGCUCCGAUACGACCCGCGCUUCCAGAAGAUGGAUUCCGGGAGAGCCCUCCACCGCCACCGCCAACAACGACUCAUCCCCUCUACAACAAAUCAGAUUCGAGAUACACCGCGAGUAUGCAAGAUCCUCCUCGCGGUGGAUAUUAUCCGGCAAAUGGAACUGCUGGAACUACGUUACAGCCGCGACAGUAUCAGUAUAGCGCCACGAAUCCGUGGCAACGAGAAGAGAGAGAAAAGGAGCAAGCACUUAGAAGGGAAGCUGCGAGACAGUGGCGAGAUCAACAAAUAGCGGAGUUGGUCGCGUUACCUCAUAGAACCUCGCAACAGGAGGAACAGCUUCGAGCUCUUCAGCUGGAAAGGGAUUUUCAGAAAAGAGCCGAGGAAGUUGCUAACCAACAGGACGACGAUGAAGAGAGUAACGAUAUGGAUACCGAGAGCGUACAGCGAGUUCAGGGUUUGCUUCGUCCAGCCACGAUUCAAGACCGAGGGAAUCUGCUGGAACAACAUAACCCUAAUUUGUCUAGAGUGAACGUUGCCAAUCAGUCUGUUCGGGGAAGCCACGCUGUUCAAUCUCUCGGACCAUCGAUGCAUUCUACGAGUGUUAACGUCCACGGCAUUAGCACCCAGCAAAGCGUUUCGUCCAUCUCUUUGAGCCAACCAGAAAACUCUGGCUCACACUUGUCCCAAAAUUUGCAACACGAACAAAUCAAUCAAAUGCAAAACAAUGUCGGGCAGAUACCGAUGUCAUCGUUGAUUCAAUUGGCCGCUUCUCAAAAGUCCUCUUCUCUUGGCGUUCCCCAAUCCACCGAAGACAAAGAGAUACAACGUAGGCAGGACGAGAUUAAAAGAAAGCAAAUCGAGUUCGAUGAAACUUUGAAAAGGAAGGAAGAAGAGGCUAAACACCAGCAAAUAUAUCAACAGCAGCAGCAGCACCACCACCACCAUCACCACCACCAGUAUUUACAACAGACCCAACCUCAUCUUAAGAAUCAGCAAGUAUUACAUCCCAGUAUGUUGCGGCUAGAGAACUUGGUUAUCAAUGGACCGAGUACACCUUCAAAUCAAAGUGGUAACAAUGACGCACCUCUGCCACCGGAACGGGGUUCUAGUUACGCGGUGAUGUCGCAACAGGGUGCACUCAGAUCGAAUACCGUAAAUGCAUCCAAUAUGAUGCCGUUGACCCAUUCUCAACAGUCGACGUCCAUUAAGAGAGUCUCGUUUCACGACUCGAAUGCAAACGCAGCGGAAUCUAUGCAACGGAAUGUUUCGACUGGAAAUUUGAGCACGCCUCCAUCUACAACCAUGGAUAUUAUUUCGGAAGAUCCAAAUAAUUUUAUUAACGAUGCGGAAAGUUUAUUGGCAUCUCCGAAGACGCCGGAAGGAUCCAGUAUGUCGAUUACCGGCAGCACACCUGGCGUGAUAGGUGCUCAGGAAGUUUACAAGGAUCCCAGACAAAGACGACUGGCUGAAAAGCAAAAAUUGCAACAGAAUUCUCAAAUUGGGUCGGUACCUGAGAAGCUCAGCUUUAAAGAAAAAAUGAAAAUGUUUGCAAUGGAAACAGGUGAGGAUGGAACUCCUCGGGAUAAAGUGAAGAUUUCACGCGCCCAACGCGAAAUCGAUAACAUAGGUAAUCCUACCACUCUAAACAGUAAUAACAGUAGCGGCAACACUAACAACAAUAACAACACCGGCAGCAAUACUUCCAUCAACAACAACAACAACAAUAGGAAUUAAGACUGAAAGCCUAAAUCAAUCUCCUUCGUAAUCUCGUAGUAUCGUUACCGACCCGAAUAGACGAGGUCGCGGGUAAAAAAUCAUUCCCAACCGACGUUUGCAAAGUUUCUGGUCAAAGCUAUGUGCCGAGAAAGAACGCAAGCGUAAAACGAUUAGCGACAAGAAUUAUUUAAGGCGAACGUAUUCUUACCGUCGAAUUAUUUCUUGUCUUUGUGGUAGUUGACGUUCGAUGUUUUCGAUUCAUCGUCUUGUUCUCUUGGGCCAAUUUAACGUUAACGUUGAAAUUUUUACACGCAACGAACAUAGCUUACGAGAAAUGCCGCUCCGGAACUCGGAACUUUUACGUUAACUUUACCGAGACAGCAUACGAUAAAGAUUAUAUUUUAUGAAUGUACAUAGAUGGUAUUAGUUUAAUUUUUAGAACUAUUUUUUGUUAUUUACAAUGUUGUUUCAUAUUUAUAUUUGAUAUCGCACGUAUCGUACCGAGUACGGAGUGUCUCGAUGUCACGCGUAUGCACGUUUUCGUUAUUCAGCCGAACGACACGAAAAGCUUUUAUGCGAAUCGUUCGAUAGAACGUGCGCGCGCGCGAACUAAUCAAACAGGCAGCUUUAACGUAAGACUAUACAAGUAGAAAAAAAUGAUACACGUCCAGUCUAAGGCAGUUUAACAAUUUGCGACUACGAUCGACUGUUGCGCGUCGUAGGUCUAACGCGUCAAUAGUUGUCCAACUUUCACGCUCGUUCCAUUCCGUUCCAGUUAAGUUGAUUCUAUCGGUAGUCAAACGUCGUUUUAUUCCAUGUCUAUUCUUAUCGACGGCUUAUCGAUGACUAACCGGGUAAUUAGUUUUCUUAAGGAAUUCGAAGGAAGAACAUAAAAUGUUUCGAUAUUAAUUGAAAAAAAUAAGACAUACUUAAACCUCGCGAUGCGCGCGAUGAGGUAACAGCGUAGUUGUUAUGUUUUUCCAGCAGCUUUUUUUCCGUCGCAUUGGUCUUGUUAAUAUGCGGAGCAAAAGCGGACGAUUGUGACACGUGUAGCAAAAGUAUCCUCUCUGUUGUCUAUAACGAGCAUAUGGUAUACCUGCACUAUAUUUUUUCUAAUGUACUUGACGUUCCGUCGAAACGAAAUCGAGUUCGUUGGCGACACGAUUAGAGUACUCUGCGACUGUAAACCUUAUUAUCAAGUAUUGUCACGAUCUAAUAUCCUAUACAUUAUCGAUUAUAUUUUUAAAGAUUACAUAUUUUUUAAUUAUUGUAAAAGAAGUACGAUGCGAAUGAGAAAUACAAGCGUCCCUUGUAAUUCCGAAAGCGGUGGAAAAGCUAUGCUAGACGAAUUUAAAGUUAUUCGUCCAUUGUAUUUCGGCGGUAUGUAUGUAUGGGUGUGUCUGUAAACGCAACGAAAAUUUUGCGUCACAUGGACUAGAAGCGGUAACGAAGUCUUUGAACGAGAUGUAACGUAAAGGGAACAAUCUUUAUUAGAAAAUCAAAAGUGUAUUUGGUUUAGCGUACAUAGAGGAAAAGAAGUAUUCGUACACCCUUUGGUAAAUUCGUAAAAGUAGUAAUAAAUAAAUGCAGCUCGUGUAUCGUCCAUUAGCGAUUAGAGUCGAAGCGUUGGUCGAUCUCCUAGGAGAGACUAAACGAAACGAUCGGUCUUUGGUUUCGUAUACGUCCAUUCUGUGGUCGAACGAGGAAUCUUUUAAAUCGUCGUUAUUAAAAAUUGUAUAUUUUCUAUGUAGAUAUAGUUACCGAAUGAUUCUAACAUCUGUAUAAAAUAUAACGAGCGAAUAAAUUUAAUUUGUCUAGUGUGCAA